AUGCCUGUGUUCACCGAGUACGCCUCCUCGUCGCGCGAGUUGCGCGUCCUGCCUUCUUUCGCUCCCCCACUGCCCCGUCUAACCCCGCCACCGUCCAAAGACGCCCAGACAGAGAAAUACGAAGUCGUUGUCGUCGGUGCUGGCCCGGCGGGGUUGAUGCUCAAUUUGCUUCUCGCGAGAUAUGGCUUAAAUGACGAUUCGCUUCUCUGCGUGGAUGCGAAGCCGGGAACACUGAAAUCAGGCCAGGCGGAUGGUCUCCAGCCUCGUACGCUUGAGGUGCUCAAGUCGCUAGGUCUUGCGGAUGAGAUCCUCAGUGAUGGCUGCCAUAUGGAGGAAGUGGCGUUUUGGAAUCCAUCUGAGAAUAAGGAUGAGGUGAUUGAGCGGACUUCAACCGUUCCUGAUGUUGCGGUGCCGGCGAGAUUUCCCCAUGAAGUUACCAUUCACCAAGGUCGAAUUGAGCGUAUUCUUGAGACGGAUUUGCUGCGAUACUCGAAGCGUGGGGUCCAGCGCAACACGAAGUUGAUUGAUGUCAAGAUUGACGAGGAUGGGGAUGCGGAAUUCCCUGUUGUUGCGGAGAUUGAAACCGACGGGCAGUGCAGGACUGUCCGCUCGAAGCAUUUGAUCGGUGCGGAUGGGGCUCGCUCGGCUGUGCGACGUUGCAUGGGUCUCAAGUUGGUCGGAGAAUCGUUGGACCAUAUUUGGGGUGUCGUGGAUCUGGUUGUCGACACUGACUUUCCGGAUAUCAGACGUCGCUGCGCUAUUCAUGCACCGGCUGGUUCGGUGAUGGUCAUUCCGCGAGAGCGUAUCGCAACGGGCGAGUACUUGACUCGACUGUAUGUUCAGGUACCGGAAGACGAAGCUCCUGAAGGUGAAGAGAAUGGGGAUGGCUCUGAUCAGCCAAAGAGUGAUGCUAGAGCUCGCAGGAGUAAGGUGACACUGGAGAGCAUCUUUCAACAGGCAGAAGACGCCUUCAAGCCAUAUUACAUCCGGCCAAAGGAGGAUGGUGCAGUCGACUGGUGGGCAGCAUACCAAAUUGGCCAGCGGGUGUCGGAUAAAUUUACCGUCAAGGAUUCAAAAGGAAUCAAUCGAGUAUUUAUUGCAGGAGAUGCAUGUCACACACACAGUCCCAAGGCUGGCCAAGGCAUGAAUGUAUCGAUGAUGGACUCUUACAAUCUGGCCUGGAAACUGGUCUAUUCGAUCCAUGGCCUCAGUCAUGACUCUGCUACACCAGGACAGCCCGACACUGUCCUCGACACCUACGACACCGAAAGGCACACCAUUGCCCAGCAAUUGAUCGAGUUUGACCGUGCUUUUUCGUCGAUGUUUUCCGGCAAGAUUGGUUCUACAGAGGACGGUGUUGAACAACUCACCCACGAGCAGUUCCUCAAAGUGUUCAGCACAGGCAACGGUUUCACCAGCGGUUGUGGUAUCGAGUAUCCUGAAAACGUCACCGUGCACAGAACUUUAAAAAACGAUUCCAAGAAUCCUAUCCAAGGGACAGAUUAUCUCUUCGGAGUUCUUCGACCGGGAAGAAGAUUGAUGAAUGGAAUGUCCGCGCAAACAUUGACGGCUCUAGGCUCGUCGAUCAUUCCCAAGUUCCCCCCUUCACUGAUUGAACAGGUCGUCAUCCACCCGCGUCUCCAGAGAGAUUUUACAUGGCGGGAUCUCCCACGCGAACUCAAGAAAUACUCGGAGAUGUCCUUUUACAGCGGUUACGAUAUGGAUGAUGUGUACAAGCUGUACGGUGUGGAUGUGAACCAGGGUGCUCUGGCUGUUGUGCGACCUGAUGGGUAUAUCGGUGUGAUAGCAGCCCUGAGCGAUGUAACCUGGAAUGGCCCCGAUGACCCCGGGAAUCCCAAAAACUGGUCGAUGGGCAAGAAAUGGUCGGCCGUGAUCAUCGUCUCCUGCUUCACCUUCAUCUCCCCCGUUUCCUCGUCCAUGAUCGCUCCAGCCCUAACCUCCAUCUCUGCGGAUUUCCACAUCACGGAUGAAGUCGAGUCGGCCAUUACCCUGUCGGCGUUUGUGCUGGCGUACGCAUUUGGGCCGCUUCUGCUGGGCCCGCUUUCUGAGAUCUUCGGGAGGGUGAUUGUUUUGCAAUUGGCGAAUCUAUGGUAUUUGGUUUUUAACAUUGCGUGUGCGGUCUCGCAGUCGAAGGGGCAGAUGAUUGCGUUUCGGUUUUUGGCUGGGUUGGGUGGGAGUGCGCCUAUGGCUAUUGGCGGUGGUGUGCUUUCAGAUUGCUUCCGGCCUGAAGAACGAGGAAAAGGCAUGGCCAUGUACAGUUUAGCACCCCUGCUCGGCCCAGCAGUCGGCCCUAUCGCAGGCGGUUUCAUCGCAGAAAACGUCUCCUGGCGAUGGGCAUUCUGGGCAACCUCCAUCGCAGACGGGGUGAUUCAACUCGCAGGCCUCUUCUUCCUCCGCGAAACCUACGCCCCGAAGAUCCUGCAAGUCCGCGCAAAGCAACUCCGCAAAGAAACCGGCGAUCAAUCCUUCCAAACCGACGCCGAACAGCAGAAUAAAACACUCACUCAAGUUCUCCGCAUCUCGCUGGUCCGCCCCUUUCGUCUCCUCGCCACACAGCCCAUCGUCCAGCUCCUCGCCCUCUACAUGGCCUACAUCUACGGCCUCAUGUACCUCGUCCUCUCGACCUUCCCCACCCUCUGGACGGAACAAUACCACGAAUCCACCGGCAUCGGCGGCCUAAACUACAUCUCGCUCGGCCUGGGCUUCUGGCUGGGAUCACAGAUCUGCGCCCCCCUAAACGACCGCAUUUACCGCGCUCUCAAGAAACGCAACAACGGCGUCGGGCGACCCGAGUUCCGCGUACCUCUUAUGUCCGUCGCUGCCAUCUCCACGCCCGCAGGCCUCUUCAUCUACGGCUGGACGGCCCAAACACACGAGCACUGGAUUGCGCCGAACAUCGGGGCGUGUCUGUUUGGAUUGGGUGUUAUUACUGCGUUUUUGUGUAUCCAGACGUAUUUGGUGGAUUCGUAUACGCGGUUUGCGGCGAGUGCGAUUGCCGCGGGGGCGUUUUUGCGGUCGUUGGCUGGGUUUGGGUUUCCGUUGUUUGCGCCGUAUAUGUAUGCGGCGUUGGAUUAUGGGUGGGGGAAUAGUUUGUUGGCGUUUAUUUCGAUUGCGUUUGGGGUGCCGGCGCCAAUCUUUCUUUGGAAGUAUGGAGAGAGGUUGAGGCGGAUGAGUACAUUUGCAGCUGGAUAG